AUGGAGGGCAGGGCGCCAAUUCCAACCGCAACCAAAGGUGCCCGGCAAUUGAGAGCAUGUCUUCUCUGCUCUAUCGUACUUCAGCCUAUCGACUUUCGAAGGCAAGGCUGCCCGAACUGCGAGGAGAUCCUGCAGAUGAAAAACUCUGGAGACCGAAUCGCAUCGUGUACUACGACUUACUUUGACGGAGUUAUUGCCGUCAUUGAUCCAGAGAAUAGCUGGGUCGCCAAAUGGCAGCGGACUUCGAAAUAUGUCAUUGGAAUGUAUGCUGCUCGCGUCAAGGGACAGACCAAACUGAGAUGGACUGACUCGUUUGAAAGGAAAGUGGAUUUGUCAUGUGUGUCCUAUACGUUAUGUACAGCAAGUUAA